ACAAUUUCUCAUCACUAAUUAACAACCCACGGUGUAUUUUUAUAUCCAAGCCAUUAAUCCAGUUUUCCCAGUGGUUUCCGCUAAGUAGUACACACCCUCGGCCCAGCACCUGCAAGUCACGUGAGGGUGUAACGCAACUCUGCCAGCGGCGCAGCUCUUCCUACGCAAUGUGCGCAUUGUCUUCUUCUGUCAUCUUGGCACAGCACCCAGGCUAGGGCAGGAAAAGUAUUUUCUGUCAUCACCCUUACCUUGAAUAGGUGAUUGUUUCAAACCAUGGGAAACAGAGACGACGAGUAUGACUUCUUGUUUAAAGGUAAGCAGAACCUAAGACAAUAUAUAGAUAACCUGUUUUUUUAUGUCAGCGCUCAGAGAGACCCAGUAGGCUUCGGUUAGCAUGUGUGCUAACUGUAACGUCAGUGCUCCUCUGGUCCAACAUCAGCUGGUGGUGACAGCUAACUGCAGAGAGGAGGAUUGUUUAGCCAGAUAGAGCACGGGUAGUGUGUUUUCCUACUCUUUAUUUGUAAUUUAUCAUCUUAGUUGUUUCGUCUCUACUCUCACAACUGGGGGGCUUUGCUACAAAUGAUCCGGAUUUCACGUAAAGUAAGGCUAUGGUGAGUUAGCCCCCUUGAGCUAGGUUGCUUGCGUUAGCUCAUCUAAGGGGUGGAUCUCCUACUCAGAAAUGAUUUAAGGCUUUUGUUAUCUAAAAAGAAAAUGACCCCCAUAUAAAUCAAUGCUAAACCUAGAACCAUUAGUAUAGCACUCUCUUUAUACAGUCGUAUGAUUUCAGAUUGAUCAGAUAAUUCAUCUCUAUGUGGGGGGCUGACACAAUGAAAGCAAAGGUAAAAAGAGGAACUCCACUAUGGCUUUAAGUUUCUGUUUAAUAACGACUUCUGGUCAAUAGGCAUUUUUGUUCCGUGAAUACUCAUGUGAAAGUGACCGUAUCAAUCUAACAGGGAGUGACCCGAGUGGACAACUGAGUCACAGAUCACAUGAUCUGAACACCUGAGUCCUGAUAGCAUGCUGCUUUUGUGGUCAAAGUGCUGUUUUUUUGACUGUGGGUCUACUUAUUAUUGUGUUACCUUUAACAACCCAAAACAUGAACCUCAUUAUGGGGAAUUGCUUAGGUGCACGGGGGUGGGUGUGACGGGUUUCAAAAACUGAUAGCCUGAGUAUCUUUUGACUCUGUAAUGGGUAAAGACUAGCGCCCGACCGAUAUGGAUUUUUUGGGGUCGAUGCCGAUACCGAUUAUUAGGGAUCCGAUUACCGAUUAAUCGGCCGAUUUUUAAAAAGUUUUUUUUAAUGAAGUUUUAAAAUAUACAGAGGAUAUCUACAGCACACUAUAUACUGUAGAUAUACUGUAGGCUACUGCUCUUCACGCCAACAGGAAGACUAGACUGAUCAAACUCGGACCAGAAAAGCGUUUUCAACUACCCCCCUCGCCGAUCUGUGCCUCUUUCCGGUCCACUCUUAUCUGGAGACAUGCAGCUGCCUCAGCAACAGAAGUAGCUGGAUCACGUAAUGUGUACUGUUGUUUAUUCUACCGCGAAUGGCACGGCUAAAAAUGUAGCAAGGCUAAUAGCAGAUGGCUAACUCUAACUUUAGCUUGCAUAUUGCAUGGUGCUUCACCGUUAACCGUUAACUUCAGCGUGACCGAGACCAGCACAGCGGAGAGCAUCGUGAAGUGGGUUGAACUGACACUUGUUGACUUAAUGUGUAUUUCACAAACUGGUUUAUUUACCGUUGAGGUGGACCACUCUCCUCUGUGCGUCCCUUAGCUGCCUGCUUCAGAUCGGUCACUCUGCUGUGCUGUAAGGUAGUAAGUGGAUGAAGAUUGUCAUGAGGUUGCUGCGCCAUCUACAGGAUAAGUCCGGGAACUUUUCAAAUGGUGGAACAUUUUUGAAGUGAAACCGAAUCUUAUUCUCCGCAUUUUAUUUCUGAAAAUAUCUGCGAAAAUUGGCGAGUUUUGGACGAUUACCGAUUAGUCUCAAACGGGCUAAAAUUGGCUGAUUUGACUCGGCUCUAGUAAAGACCACUGAAAACAAUUGUUACUGUAAAGGAGCAACUUCACAGCCUUUGGUGCUUUUAUGACUAAUUCACAGUCUUGUGUCUUUCAGAUAGUUGAAGGUAUAGAUUUGGAAGUAGCAAUAUAUGUCCUUUUAAAUCUAAAAGCUGAGGAUUGAGUACAGUUAAUAAAAAAUGCUCACAUCAACUGUGGUGACUGGAAAAGGAGAGGACAAAGUGAUGACUUGUACCAACAACCCAGGAGUAGAGGCCUUGAGAAACUGUUGAGUCAGAUUUCCCAUCGGGCAGGGCAGCUUUGGCAGCUUCCUCCCACCAGUGCAAAAGCUGAUAAGGUUUCUCAGGAAGAAAGCAACAGAGCAAGUCAGCAUUUUCACGAUAUCUGACGAUGACCAUGACUGUAGUAGAACUAUACUGCUGUGGAUUGUGGAGGAAAAAUUGUACAAUAAAUUGUCUUUUUUUGAUACUUUCUUUUUAUUGAUUUUCUUCAACAGUGUGUAAUACAAUAUAUGUGGGGGUGAAAGGGGAACACAUAGAAUUUUUUUUUUUUCCCCAUUUCUGGCAGUAUUGAUCUUCUUGAUUCCUUACUCUAUAAGUCAGUCAUUCCAUAGUGUAUAUUUCGGCCAUCAUUUUCAACCAGUCUUCCUGUGGUGGUGGGUCCGCCCUGUACCAUUUUCUUGUAAUCACCUUUUUACAGGCUGCCUACAUAAUUUUCACUAUGUGUCUAUUUUCCUUCAGUACGACAUUUCCUGUAGUGAUAACAAGAUAUAAAAAUGUACAAGACUUGGAUACAGCAUAACCCAAAAUGUCAACUAUAACCACAUGAACAUCUUUCCAAAAUUUUGCAAUCUUAGGACAGAGCCAGGACAUGUGUGAAUGGUUCACAUUUACCUUUCCACAGCUUCUCCAACAUGGCUGUGGUAUUGAAGUGGGUUUACUCCUAAUUUCAGGUGUUAUAAAAAAUCUAAUUAGAUUUUUCCAACAGUGUAGUCUCCAGACACGGGAUGACGUUGUUGUCUGCUGUGUUCUCCAAUUAUGUGACCAUUCAUCGUUAAAUAUGUUGACACCCAGUUCUCUCUGCCAUCUCAGUUUUACAUAUGUUGUUGUAUCCACUCUGGCCUCAAUUAUAUGCCCAUAAAUUGUAGAGAUUAUUCUGAAUUUCUUGGCGUUGAAGGCUUCAGUUAUGAUCUUGAUCAUUAAAUUUUUGUCUAGAUCUAAACUGUGCUUUAUCUUCUUGUUGAAUAAGUCCCCUAUCUGCAAAUCUCUGAAAUGGUCUUGAUUACUUAAAUCACAUUUUUGUUUAAUCUCCUGGAAUUUAAAAUUUUCUUUAACUGGCUCUUCUUGUGUUUGUGAUAGUGGGUUUAUUCAUGUCAGGCAAGGUGCAUUUUCAAUUUUCAUACAUCUUUUAAGAGUUGAGAAAAGCUGUUGGCAAGGGAAACUAACUAAAUAUAAGGCAGUGUAAGGUUCAAGUAGGGUAAAAGGUUGACACAGCAGAUCACUGAUGUAAGGUUUUAAAACCUCAGAGCUACAGUUAGCCUCAGAUUCUUAGGUACCACGUCACUUGAAAGAUUUUGCAUUGCAACUUUUGUUUUGAUUGCAGUUGUGCUGAUCGGAGACUCUGGAGUGGGGAAGAGUAACCUGCUGUCUCGUUUCACAAGAAAUGAGUUCAACCUGGAGAGCAAGAGCACCAUUGGGGUGGAGUUUGCCACUCGCAGCAUCCAGGUGGACGGCAAGACGAUAAAGGCACAGAUAUGGGACACAGCUGGACAAGAACGCUACAGAGCCAUCACUUCAGCGUGAGUGUUUUUAUCGCACAUUAAGUCAGCAUUGGCACUAUCAAAAAGUGGCUUGUGUUAAUGCAAAACCCAAUUCCAUUAAAGUUGCCAAAGUAGUUGGGACAGGUGGCAAGAAAUACAUAGAAAUUUGAGGAAUGCUCAUCGAACACCUAUUUGGAACAUCCCACAGGUGAGCAGGCUAAUUAGGAAAGACUGUUAUUAACGAAAAGUUCCAAAGCCAGCAUCUGUGAUGGUAUGGGGGUGCAUUAGUGCCCAAGGCAUGGGUAACUUAAUGCAACAUUAAUGCUGAAAGGUACAUACAGGUUUUGGAGCAACAUAUGCUGCCAUCCAAACAACAUCUUUUUCAUGGACGCCCCUGAUUAUUUCAGCAAGACAAUGCCAAGCCACAUUCUGCAUGUGUUACAACAGCGUGGCUUCGUAGUGAAAGAGUGCGGGUACUCGACUGGCCUGCCUGCUGUCCAGACCUGUCUCCCAUUGAAAAUGUUGGUGCAUUAUGAAGCGUAAAAUACGAUAACGGAGACACUGGACUGUUGAACAACUGAAGCUGUACAUCAAGCAAGAAUGGGAAAGAAUUCCACCUUCAAAGCUUCAACAAUUAGUCUCCUCAGUUCCCUAAUGUUCAUUGAGUGUUGUUAAAAGGAAAGGUGAUGUAACACAGUGGUAACUGUCCCAACUAGUUUGGCACAUAUUGCAGCCAUGACAUUCUGAGUUAAUUAUUAUUUGCAACAAAAAAAAAAAGUUUAUGGGUUUGAACAUUAAAUAUCUUGUCUUUGUAGUGUAAUUUCCCCAACUUCAGUGGAAUUGGGUUUUGUACAAAUAUGGCAUUGGAAUAAAAAAAAGGACAGUUAUUCUAUUCUAGUCCUUAAUCUGGUUUAUGCUGUCACCAGGUAUUACAGGGGCGCAGUUGGGGCUCUCCUAGUUUACGACAUUGCCAAGCACCUGACAUAUGAGAAUGUGGAGCGCUGGCUGAAGGAGCUUAGGGACCACGCUGACAACAACAUUGUCAUCAUGCUAGUUGGAAACAAGAGUGACCUCCGCCAUCUCAGGGCAGUCCCAACUGAUGAAGCUCGAGCUUUUGCAGGUAAAUAACUGAAUACUGUUGUAAGAAUCUUUAUUAGAUACAAUACAAAAGAUCUUACUCUCUGCAAAUGUAUCCGUGUUGUUUCCACAUAUUAGAAAAGAACACCCUGUCAUUUAUCGAGACGUCAGCUUUGGACUCAACAAAUGUAGAAGAAGCAUUCAAGAACAUUUUAACAGGUAUGAAAACAUGGUGCUGUAAAUAUGAUGCGUUAAAGUUUCAAUAAUGCACAUCAGAAUAUAAUUGUUCUUCUUUUUGGUAUUCUUGUCUUUAGAAAUCUACCGCAUUGUAUCACAGAAGCAGAUUGCUGACAGAUCUGCACACGAUGAGUCUCCUGGCAACAAUGUUGUGGAUAUCAGUGUCCCCCCAACCACUGACGGGCAGAAGGGCAACAAACUGCAGUGCUGCCAGAGCCUGUGACCAUAAACUCCAUGACACUGAUCCCCCAGCUUCCCCUGACAUCCCACUACCUGAGCACUUUUUGUUGCCCUGUUCGCAGCCAACUUCCCUUUCACUGUCCUUUAUGCCUUUUGUUCUGUUUGAUAUAGGACUUUUGAACUCACUCGUGCUCUUCUGCCAUGAAAGAAAACUUUGAGAAGCCUUUAUGUCACUUGGUCGGUUAAGUUGUUCAUGGAAUCACUGUGAAGGUAAAGGAACAAGGCAGUCGCUGCUGUCUUAUUGAAGCCUGUGAAGUAGUUUGAACUGAAUUUAAACUCUACUAUGUAAAGGGAGGUUGUGAAACACAUUUCAAAAGUUACCACUAGAUGGUGCUGUGUAAAUAACCUACAGGCAGUGACUCCAACCUAGUGAAACAGUAUUAUGCGGUUGUGUGGUUCGUGUAACUUUCUUCUGACAUCAAAUAAGUUAUGCCAAAAAUGUCCUCAUUAUGUAUUUAUUGAAGAAUAUUUGGCUUAUUUUUUUUUUUGUUCAAAUUCAAGAACUGUUCAAAUUUACAAUAAAAUACUGAAAAAAAGCAGUGCGCUCUUAGUGAAAUUGAGAUUUUCAGAUCUUAUUCCAGUGUCACUGAUUUGCUGGGUUCAAUGUUUCUGUACUUGUGCUUUAAUGACCUAUACAUAAUUUUAUGGUUAUAAUUACAGCAUUUGGAGAGGUUCAUUUCUUUAUUUUGGUUUUUACUCCUAGAAAAAUAAUUUCAGAUCAAAAAUUCCCCUGAAAAAAAGACUGAUAACAUGAGUGUUACACAUUCAAAUUCUCAACAGUGUUGUAGCAUGUGUUAACUCCAGUGACUCAAAACCAAAAUGCAGCUUACAGUAAACAAAAAACUAUCAGGGGUUCUGUUGACCGCUCAACCACCCCCAAAAAUGUAAGAUUGAGACUUUUUUUUGACUUGCUGUUUGUCAAAAAGGCUACACAGAUAAAUAAUGUGAACUAGUGUUUAUCCAAAUAAGCUGCUUAUAUUUUGCGAAAGCUGGGGAUGAAGCAGGAAGAUUCUUUGACUCUCUAGAGCAGUAAGACUUGACAUUCACAAUUGUUUUUCACCAGGAUUAAUGAAUGCAUAGAGCUGUGGUCACAAACAGACUUACUGUAAUGAGAUUUCAUCCUUGCUGGAGUAAGCAUGAUCUGUAAACAGUCAUAUCAUACAUGUCAGACAAAACAUCCAUCCAUUCAUCCAAACAAAACAACAAAAAAGAAAAAAAAUUACUGCAAGGUCACCCAGAAUUUAUACCAAUGGUUUAUUUGCUUUGCAAACAUUUCUUGGCUGAUUGCAGGUACCAGUAUUUUGGUGAAGACAUUUUUUACAGCACACUCUCAAUGUACUUAAAAAUGUGAAUGUUUAAAAGCUGUAACAUAAAUUACAAAUAAUACAUAUCAACACUCCACCCUUUAAAAAAGGUGUGGAAGGAAAAGAUUACAAAAUUUUUAUACAACAUACCACAACAUAAAGAACAUGUACAUGUUUGUUUGUGUGAUGAACAACAAAAAACUUGAUUUCUGCAUUUGGAUAUCAGUGUGAUCUUUUACAUCACAGCGCAGAAACACUUUGACUCUUUGGAAACAUGAGAAUCUGUUUCCUCUGUCGCCUCUGACCCAAAGAGGCAGAGGAGUGGCGUUUCAUAAGUUGUGAGCAACUUACUGCCAAUACUAAAUUAUUAACUACCAUAGAGGUCAGUGGCUGCAUAAGUGAGACUUUGCACUGACAGGUUAGGUUGUUUCUCAUAGUAACUCAGUUCUGAGGGACUGUACCACAUAUCUAAAGACUUUUUCAUAUCAGCACCCAAAUACAUCCCAACACUUCACAACAGAGCUUCCUUAUUGAUAAACAGUAAACACAAGGAUGAUCAAAUGACUCAUAAGCUUGUAUGGCACCCCGGGUGCAUCGUAGUACUGCAGGAUUUAAUCCUUUCGUCUGAGAUCAGGUCAAAACACAAACAAACGAUUAACUGGGUUGGUAUGUGGGGCAACCCACUGGGAGCUCAGUAAAAAAAAAAAGAGUGGAAUGUUAGUUCAGUCAAAAGGCCAGGGUGAGGAAACAGCGUUCAUGCUUAGUGAAAUGCAAGACAAAAACAUGGCUGCUAAACACGUUCAGCAUUACUUAAACGACUCCUUUUCAACAACCUCAAGAUGUUUGUCAUUUUAGCUCCCAAGGUGUCUUAGAAUUUAAUGAUCGCAGCAGAGGAAAAAGAGAGAUGGUUUCUGACAGCCGAACAUGUGCUCUGACUUUGACAUUUGUUUGUAAUCCAAAAAAAAAAAAACAACUAUAAAAACGGACCAAAGAACCCACAUCACUUACAGUCAGCCUUUGUUUCAGUUUGAUUGUUACAAAGCAAUUAUAUAUCUUUUGUAUUUUUAAACAGCAGAAACAUUGAUAACACAGUUUUGCAUAAAAUCCAAAGUUCUGGCAAAUGAAUGUGUUGUUUCUGUAUGUACUGUUUAAAAUUUGGAAAUAUUCAAGGCUUUUGCUAAAUGGCCAAAUGAUGUGCUGUCAGUGUUAGAGAAGAGCACAUUGGGGAAGUAUAUCAGCACGUUCAAAUACAUUUUGUUCUACUUGAGAGAGGAACUAAAUCCUAAAGCUUGGUUUUUAUAACUGCAGAAGUAAAAUUCACAACAAUGAGCUACUCUAGCUUUGGACUAGCCUUUAAGCUUUCAGUCAAGAUGCUCUCUAUGUAGUACAACAGUUUUUUUAAUGCACCCCACAAAACUGUAGUAUGAUUAACACAAUACCAGUAAUACUGAAACAACAGGCUGAACACCUGCUUUACCCCAGAACAUGGCAGUUUUGUGUUCUUCAAGCGGAUGCUUUUGUUAGAUUCAUAAAUACCGUUGUUGCCAGCACUACAUGCUAUUGGAUUUACAGGCUUACACCACAUGAAAUUGUGACUAUUUACUGAUUCCUCAAUGAAGUGAAUGGAUUUACAGACUGGAACAGAUAUGACUUUAAGAUCUGGGCAUCUAGCACUUUCUGUCUCAUUUGAUUAAAAGCUGCAGUAGGUGACUCUUUUUCCUCUGUUUACAAGAUAGUGAGGUGAGUUCUCCUUAACACCUUUCCCCCCUUACAAGUAAAGCCAGUGCCCCAUGAGUUCAUUCAGUAAUAUAAAGACUUGAUGAAGGCAAGUGAGCCGUCCAGUGACAAUAAGUUAGCAUGUGAGUAUCCAGAGGCUUCCCUGGUUGACAAAGUCAGAGUUAAUGCUGUGUUCCAGUUGUACUCGGAAGUUGGAUUUUCUGAGCUCCGAGUCGGAAAUUCAUCUAGAACGCCCCCCUGAAGUCGGAUUCCCAACUAGGAAAGUUGGACGAUCCUCGCCAACCCCGAGUUGACGACAACGUCAUAAUUUAAGAUGGCAGCACAGUGCAUCAACAGUAAAGAGUUAGGGUAAAAGCUCUUGUAAAGUAUUAUUUAUUACCACUUCUGUUUUGUUUUUGUGAAAUUAAAUAAGUGGUAUAUGUUUUGCUGCCCAACGUCUAACUGUGAACACGGUGAUAUGGUGUUUUUAAAGUACUGUGUUGUGACAACGGACAACGACAGCUGACAAUUUUAAACAACAGCUAACAACAGGUAACUGUAGGCGUCCAUCUUUGUUUUCCGACUUGUUUACUGGAACACCCUCAACUCAGGUGUAGCGUCAUUCCCAGCUCUGACAUCCGACUUGAGGUCACUGGAACGCAGCAUACGUCAUAUCUAGCCUUAGUGGUUUUUGCAUAAUUCAUGUGGUUGAUUUUGGGGUGAUAUUUUGUUUAAAUUAGCCACUUUUUACACAAGCAUGUUCUUUCUCCAAUCAGAUCAGAGAAACUGGAGUUCAUACUACUUCAAACAAAAACAGAACAGCUUUAUUGUAGCACUCAGACACGCAAUAAAAAGGAGGCUUUAGUACACCACAUCAGCCACCCGACAGUGUGACCAUGUUUCUCUAAAAGUCAUUCUGACAAAAUAAGAUGCAGAGGUCUUUAGGAGACCUACUUGCUAAGUGCUGAUAAUACAAGAACCUCAAUGAGGACAAUGUUAACCCUACUUUUGUAGGAAUAGUGUAUCCGUUUACUCUAUUGGUAAAGAACAAAUUUAAGAAAACACUAACAAUGAAAAAAAGUAAAAAAAUAUUAACAGUGCUUGCAUGCAUAACUGUGCAUUUUAGUUCAGGUCUCUGAACGUAGCGUGAAGACCUCCAAGUCCACAGUGUUUUUAUUGCACAUUCUCUGGCUUUACUAGUGCCAUGCUGCUAUCCAUUCUUGCAUCAGAUGUAAAAACAGAUAUGGCAAAACACAUCUUGAAAGAAGUCCGACAAGUUUGUGCUAAAAAUAAAGUUUCAUUUCAGACAGUGUAAUGGCAUCUGUAUUGUAAAAUGUAAACCACCUUACAGAUUCACAAGGGAUCACGUUGUAAUUGCUUCAAGAGCUCCUCGACAAGCGUUUUUGUGCGGUAAAAUCAGGGAUUAUGUAGUGAAGGCAAGGGCCAGUUUCGAUGGACCUGCUGUACUUGGCGAUUGUCUGAGGAUCAUCAACUGAGCAGAACAAUCAUUCGAACUCUUCAUAGUCCUCUACAAAAAUAGUUUGGUCACAUGUCAUUCUAGCAGUGUAAUGCUAUCUUUGCAUUUAUGCUGAUGAGGCUCUUACCAUGUCUCUUUAAGAGUCUGCACAUCUCCGUUCUAUUUGUUAAUGCCUUUUUGCAUAAGCUGGUGAAUACCAAGCAUGAGGAUGGACAGACGCCAUUAAAAUAUCCCCUCGUUCUGCAUCCACACAAAAAGUAAUUAAAAAAAAUGUGAUGUGAAUUAAGUACUGAUGGGGCAAAGAAAAAAUCAAAAAGCUGCAAAAACAGUCUGCAAGCACCUCUUUAAAAAGCUUGCUGUGGGUUUGAUACAUCCAAAAAUCGGCCCCUCACAGAUCACAUACUGUAGUCACGAACUAUCUCUGUUCGCUCUCAUACUAUACUCUCAUUGGCAGACUUCUUCAUCAGCUUUGUAGAGAGCAAGGAAUGCUGGGAAGAGUUGGACUCCUUGGCUUCAGGAAUGAGCAGACGUACUUUCUGAUUUGUUCUUCUCCACUCAGAGUACAGCUGACAGUGGUAGCGGAAAGAUACCUGUGAGGACAACCAGGGGAGAGAUCAUGCAAAGCAGAGAUCAAUCAGAAGUAUUCACUUUUGGCUCUUUAUUAAUGUUCGGUUUCAUUCAUAAGAUUCAGAUAAAAGUUAAAAUCAGUUAAAAAAAAGGACUUGAUGUGUUUUAUUUAAUAAUAUUUCAUUUUGAGUGAGAUUCAAAUAGCAUUAAUGCCAUCUACAGUAUCGCCAUUAUGUGUUAACAUGUGAAGUUAUGGUUAUAUGCCCGAGUCUUAAGUGGCAAAGUAUUGCGUUGUGUACUUAUUUGUGUUAUCAUGUGUCUCCCGUGUAUUUAGCCUACGUCCAGUGAGCUAUUCUAGUUAGCCGUGCUAGGCUUUGGUUCGUAUGGUUCACAGAUGUGGAAUAGUUAACUUUAUGCAUCUCCAUAAAUGCAAUAUUUAUGAUUGUAUUAUUUGUUUAUUUCCUUUAGUUUCACACUUUACUCCAUCAAUACACCUGGCAGAAGAAAUGACACCCAGCGUGUUGUUUGGAGUGAAGGGUUUAGCUGCCUGUCAACACAUGCACACGACGCAUUGAUGACAGAUUAAUGAGAUCAACCCAAAUUUCAAAAGUAUUUUAAAAUUGUAGCGACUGCUUUCCUUUAACAAAAAGAUCGCCAGGGUUUAGGUUCGCUUGCAUCUGUGACUCAUUUGAGUGAUCAGUCUGGUUUGAGUGUUAAAAAAAAAAAAAUUAUUGUUCAAAAAAGGAAAGAAAACACUCUGAUCUAGGUCCAAAUCCUUUGCCUUCAAAUGAUAAAAAGUGAUAAGCUGAAAUGAGGUUAGAACGGGAUGAGUGAAAUGAUGAAAAACAGUCAACAGAAAAUUAUCAGUGCUUGCCAAACCCAUUGUCUGACUACACCUGUGAGAUUUAAAUAACCCGCCAAACAUCCCAAAACCACACCCCUCAGUGACGAUCCCCGGAAGUGACGUAUCUAUAGAAAUCAUAUCCCAAACAAAUUUAUUUUGUCUCCUACAAAAAUGUAUUUUAACAAAUACACUUGCCUUUUUAAAACAUAUCUACUUGAAAGGGGGAAUAACAAUUACGAAGUCCUUACCAGGGUCCACAGGACAUAGAUGGUGAAGAGAGCGAUAGUGAGGGCUAUGAGGCCGACAGCCUGCAGCCAGCUCCCCAGUUGGAGAUGGUCCUGAGCUCCCCUCAGGCAGAGCCAGCCUGAAAUAGCUGCAAGGGGCGUAAUAAACAGGAAGCAAACCAUGUCACAAAAAAGCGUACUCUUCUCAUUACGAGGGCCUGGGUCCCGCAGCCACUGUGGAAGAAUGGAUAAGAUAACAGAGAAGAGAGAGAGAGAGAAAAGGUGGAAAUGAGACCUUUAGUCAAACAAGAAGAGAGAAGACACAUUAAAGCAAAGCAAGAAAGCCAUAAAAUGAGGUAUCAGAAGCUGCUUUACUCAUAUCAUCACAAUCAUUCACAAACAGUAACCCAACAACAGGAUUAAAUAGAAGAAGAGAGCAAUUGAUGCAGACAAGGCAAAGGGCAUUGACCUUUGUUACCUCUGUGAGGGGCCUGGGACGGCGCUCGAUGCUGAACUCUGUGUGGCAGAGUUCACAGUAGCUGGUGUUGGAAGACGACAGCCAUUUCUCCAGACAGCUUUUGUGUACUGUCCCCAGUGUGCCUGUGCAGUCACAUGGAGAUAGGAGACUUUCACUGUUGCCUCCUUCAUGGCAAAUUCGGCAGAUGGGCCCAUCACUAAAAAAAAUACAAAAACAAAAAAAAACUAUACAUAUGGCUCUUUUUGAAACCCGUGUUUCUAGGUAAGUUAGUUGGUUUAGUCUUACUUUUGUGAUCCCACAGGUUUGAGCACAGAAGAAAGCAA